AUGUUAGUUGGACCCAGAAUGAGUGUAGGAUCUACUAUAGUACCGGGAAGCCACGCGAACACUCUGGUGCUCCCUGACAGGAGACAGGCAUCUGGAGAGGUAAGCUGGUUUCCGUCGCGGAAACUUUGGUUUAUUUCUUCAUAUACCUAUUUGUAUAGGCCUUGCGGUUCAACUGGGGUACUAGCACACAGACAUGUCUUGUUUUGUGAUUAAAUAAAUGUUCUUUGAAUGAACCUACAGGCCAGUCUGACUUAUAAUGUCGCUAUCCAUUGUGCUGAAACCACAUUUUUCGCUGUCAUUAUGUUUUAUAAAGCCAUAAGCUAUAUAGUUUGUACUAUCCAUAUUCCGUAAUGAAAUCACGAUUGAUAUUUUAAAAAGGUUAAACCGUAAACUCUUAUAUUUGUGGAGGAACACAAUCAGUGGAAAGUGGUCACUUGGUGUCAGUGUGUGAGCAGAAAAGAGUUUCAUGAGAAGCCUUUUGUCAGAGAUAUGCGUCCUCCCCUUUGUGGGAUGGGUUUUUAUAUUUCAGCAGUGGAUGCAUCCUGUACUCUCACGCCGAAUAUUCAGCAUCUGUGAUUUUAAAAUACUCUGGAAACUGUACAUAUUGUUUUUAGUGGAUCCAUACUUCUUUUGAUGAAGGCAACGUUAUUUUGACUCAUCGGGAUACAUUUUUAUUAACUGGUUAUGGAGCAGAAAGGACUUGGAACAUCGCGAGGGCAAUGUCGGUGGACUGCCUUCAUUGUUUCAUUCAUUUUGCUUUGGAGCAGAGCUUCGGCGCAGAUAAGAUACUCCAUCGCUGAGGAAGUCAAAGAAGGAACGGUUGUUGGGAAUAUAGCGAAGGAUUUGGGAUUAGAGAAGAGCACAUUGAAGGAGAGAGGAUGCCGUAUUGUUGAGGGUGCAACAGAGUCAUUUUUUCAUGUAAACCAGAACGACGGAAUGUUGUAUGUUGAUCGAAUAAUUGACAGGGAGAAGGUUUGUGAGCGAGGCAAUGCGUGUUUGAUCAACCUAAAAACUGUGCUGGAAAACCCUCUUGAAAUUCAUUAUGUGACUGUUGAGGUGCUGGAUGUGAACGACCACUCUCCCACCUUCUCAACGAACGAGUCACGUCUCGAAAUUUCAGAGUCGGUUUUACCAGGCUUGCGCCUCCAGCUGCAAGCAGCACACGAUCCUGAUGUUGGUCAGUUUUCGGUACAGGAGUAUAAACUAAGUCCUAAUGAUCAUUUUCGUUUGGAAGUCAAAGAUCGUGGAAAAGAUGGGAAGAUACCGAUAUUAGUUUUACUUAAGACGCUAGAUAGGGAAACAAAGAACAGUCAUAAGCUGCUUCUUACAGCUAUUGAUGGAGGGAAACCAAGUAAAUCUGGAACAGCUGAAAUUACGGUUGACGUCUUAGAUAUCAAUGACAAUAUGCCAGUUUUCGACAAAGACACGUACUCUGUACUUUUGGAAGAAAAUGCUCCCAUUGGCACAACAAUUAUAAAAGUAAAUGCUUCUGAUUUAGAUGAGGGAUCCAAUGGAGAGAUCAUGUAUUCAUUAGGAAAGAAUGUGAACAGCAGAAUACGUGAACUUUUUCGUAUAGAUGCAAAUACAGGUGAAAUUAUUGUUCAAGGUCUGAUAGACUUUGAAUUAGAGGAAAGUUAUGAAAUAGACAUACAGGCGUCUGAUAAAGGAGCGGCUCCUUUGAGGACAGACAAAAGUGUGUUAGUGAAUAUUGUAGAUUUGAAUGAUAACACCCCUCAAAUAGAGAUUACAUCAUUUGCAAGAGCAAUACCAGAGGAUGCAAGGCUAGGAACCACUGUGGCAUUAAUCAGUGUUCUCGAUAAAGACUCUGGUGUGAACGGAAAAGUUAUUUGCUCCUUCAAUGAGGACGUUCCGUUUAUAUUAUCCCCUUCAACACAAGACAAUAUGUAUUCUAUCGUCACAAAAUCACCCCUGGAUAGAGAAAAGCAGUCCAUAUAUGAUGUUACAAUUGUUGCAAAAGAUGCGGGUGUACCAUCAUUGUCUUCAAAAAAAAGCAUGACUAUUGUUGUAUCAGAUGUGAAUGAUAACAGCCCAGAAUUUUCAGGAAGCCCUUACACAUAUUAUGUUACCGAGAACAACUCUCCAGGAGCUUCAGUGUUUUCUGUGCGGGCAUCAGACCGGGAUGAGGGAGAUAAUUCACGUAUUUUAUAUCAUAUUUUAAGAGAUGGAAAAGAUAACAACAAACUCCAUUCAUUCAGUCUUAACAUC